UGUCCCCAGGUCCUCCCCGCUCUCAGCUGACCAAGGCUGGCUUAGAAGACUGUUCCCUCUCCCAGGAAAAUGGGGACUGAUAGUGAAAACCCAGUCCUGAGGAAUGUGCUCAUCAGCUUCAGCUUGCUCCUGCUGGGCACUGUCCUCAAGCCUUUUGAGUGCCGGCUGGAGGCGACGACAGAGCCGGCCGAGAGGACGGCGAUGGAUGAGGGGGGCGGCCUUGCCAACUGCAGCCCACCCAUCAAAGAGCAGCCCAUGGUCUUCCACCACAUCUACAACAUCAACAUCCCGCUGGACAGCUGCUGCUCAUCCAUGUUCAAGUCUUCGGGCGAGGAGGUGAGUUCAGAAGACGAGCGGCUGGCGGAGUACACGGAGCAGACCUCCGACACCGAGAGCCAGGUCACCUUCACCCACAGGAUAAACAUGCCCAAGCAGGCCUGCAAGUGCUCCACCUCCCUCCCGUCCCUGCAGGAGCUGCUGAGCAGGAUUGAGAUGCUGGAGAGGGAGGUCUCCAUCCUCCGGGACCAAUGCACCUCCAAUUGCUGCCAAGAAAAUGCAGCCACAGGGCAGCUGGAUUACAUCCCGCAGUGCAGCGGCCACGGGAACUUCAGCCUGGAGUCGUGCAGCUGCGUGUGCAUGGAGGGCUGGGCGGGCAGCAACUGCUCCGAGCCGCUGUGCCCGCGGGGCUGCUCCAGCCGCGGCGUGUGCCUGGAGGGCCAGUGCAUCUGCGACAACGACUACGGGGGCGAGGACUGCUCCCAGCUCCGCUGCCCCGCCGGCUGCGGCUCCCGCGGGCUCUGCGUGGACGGAGAGUGUGUCUGUGAGGAGGGUUUCACCGGCGAGGACUGCUCGCAGCUGCGGUGCCCCCGCGACUGCUCGGGGCGGGGGUACUGCGUGAACGGCACGUGUGUGUGCCAGGAGGGCUUCGCCGGCGAGGACUGCGGGUGGCUGCACUGCCCCAACGCCUGCAGCGGCCGCGGGCUCUGCAGGGACGGGCUCUGCGUCUGCGAGGAAGGCUACGAAGGGCAGGACUGCUCAGCAGUGGCUCCUCCCGAGAACCUGCGAGUGACAGGGAUCAGCGACAGCUCCGUGGAGCUGGCGUGGGACAGCGCCGGGGCAGCCACCGAGUACGUGGUGUCGUACCAGCCGGCGGUGCCGGGGGGCUCCCAGCUCCAGCAGCGGGUGCCUGGCGACUGGAGCAGCAUCACUAUCACGGAUCUGGAGCCCGGUGUUGCCUACAAUGUCAGCAUCUACGCAGUCAUCAGCGAUGUCUUGAGUGUCCCUGUUACCUCCAGGGUGAUGACCAACCUCGCCACGCCGCAGGGACUGAAGUUCAAGACCAUCACAGAGACGACAGCAGAGGUGCAGUGGGAGCCCUUCUCCUUCCCCUUCGACGGCUGGGAGAUCAGCUUCAUUCCCAAGAAUAACGAGGGUGGUGUGAUCGCUCAGCUCCCCAGCACUGUCACCACCUUCAACCAGACGGGGCUGAAGCCAGGGGAGGAGUACACUGUCACCGUGGUGGCCCUGAAGGAACAAGCCAGGAGCCCUCCCACCUCCAAUAGCGUCUCAACCCUCAUCGACGGCCCGACGCAGAUCGUGGUGCGGGACGUCUCGGACACCGUGGCCUUCGUGGAGUGGACGCCACCGCGCGCCAAGGUGGAUGCCAUCCUGCUGAAGUACGGGCUGGCGGACGGGGAGGGCGGCAGGACCACCUUCCGCCUGCAGCCCCCCCUCAGCCAGUACUCCCUGCAGGCCCUGCGCCCCGGCGCCCGCUACCACCUCGCCGUCAGUGCCCUGCGGGGCGCCAACGAGAGCCGGCCAGCCCUCGCCCAGUUCACCACAGAGAUCGAUGCCCCCAAGAACCUGCGGGUGGGCUCGCGGACGCCCGCCAGCCUCGAGCUCGCCUGGGACAACAGCGAAGCCGAGGCCAACAGCUACAGGGUGGUCUACAGCACCCUGGCCGGGGAGCACUACCACGAGGUCCUGGUGCCACGGGACACCGGCCCCACCACCCGCGCCACCCUCGCAGAUCUGGUGCCGGGAACAGAGUAUGGCAUCGGGAUUUCGGCCGUGAUGGACAGCCAGCAGAGCGUGCCAGCCACCAUGAACGCCAGGACUGAGCUGGAUAGCCCCCGGGACCUCGUGGUGACAGCCUCCACAGAGACGUCCAUCUCGCUGGCCUGGACCAAAGCCACGGGUCCCAUCGACCACUACCGUGUCACCUUCACCCCUGCCUCAGGGAUGGCCUCGGAAGUGACGGUGUCCCGGGACGAGUCACAGCUCACCCUCUCAGAGCUGGAGCCCGGGACGGAGUACACCAUCUCCAUCAUCGCCGAGAGGGGACGGCAGCAGAGCCUGGAGGCCACCGUGGACGCCUUCACAGGUGUUCGGCCCAUCACACAGCUCCACUUCUCCCAGCUGACGUCCUCCAGCGUCAAUGUCACGUGGAGCGACCCGUCCCCACCUGCAGACCGCCUCAUCCUCACCUACAGCCCUCGGGACGCGGAGGAGGCGCAGCAGGUCACCCUGGAGGGCACCCGCCGGCACGCCGGCCUGACGGGCCUGCAGCCCUCCACGGAGUACCUGGUGUCCCUGGUGGCCGUGCACGGCGCCGUCAGCUCCGAGCCUGUCGUGGGCUCCAUCACCACAGGGAUCGAUGCGCCCAGGGACCUCCGGGUGGGCAAUGUCACCCAGGAGUCCAUGGUGGUCUACUGGAGCCCUCCCAUCGCUGCCUUCGACCACUACAGGAUAUCCUACCGUGCUGCUGAAGGAAGGACAGACAGCACCGCCCUCCCCAAGGACGUCACCGAGCACGCCCUGCACCACCUGGAGCCCGCCACCAAGUACGAGAUCGGGGUGAAGAGCGUGCGGGGCCGGGAGGAGAGCGAGCUGGCCUCCAUCACCGCCUACACAGCCAUGGAUGUCCCCUUGGGGGUCACGGCCACCAACAUCACCCCCACCGAGGCGCUGCUGCAGUGGAACCCGCCGCUGUCAGAUGUGGAGAGCUACGUCCUCAUCCUCACCCGCCGGGCAGUUGCAGGAGAAACAAUUCUCGUGGAUGGAGACAGCCAGGAGUACCAGCUGACCAACCUGCUGCCCAGUACCACGUACAUGGUCUCUAUGUACGCCACCAGCGGGCCCCUCACCAGCCAGACCAUCAGCACCAACUUCACAACUCUUUUGGAUCCUCCAACAAAUCUGACUGCCAGCGAAGUCACCCGACGGAGCGCCCUGCUCUCCUGGGUUCCUCCCGUGGGAGAGAUCGAGAACUACAUCAUGACCUACAGAUCCCCCGACGGCAGCCGGAAGGAGCUGAUUGUGGAUGCCGAGGACACGUGGAUCCGCCUGGAGGGGCUGUCGGAGACCACGGAGUACACGGUGCGCCUGCAGGCUGCCCAAAAUGCCGUGCGGAGCGGCGUCAUCUCCACCACCUUCACCACAGGAGGGCGCGUGUUUGCAAACCCCCAGGACUGUGCCCAGCACCUGAUGAACGGGGACACCCUGAGCGGCGUCUACACCAUCUCCAUCAAUGGGGACCUGAGCCAGAGGGUGCCGGUGUUCUGCGACAUGACCACCGACGGAGGCGGCUGGAUUGUCUUCCAGCGGCGGCAGAACGGGCUGACCGAUUUCUUCCGGAAAUGGGCGGAUUACCGGGUUGGCUUCGGAAACUUGGAGGACGAGUUCUGGCUGGGCUUGGACAACAUCCACAAGAUCACGUCCCAGGGGCGCUAUGAGCUGCGGAUCGACAUGAGGGACGGCCAGGAAGCGGCCUACGCCUACUACGACAAGUUCUCCGUCGGCGACUCCCGCAGCCUGUACAAGCUGCGAAUCGGGGACUACAACGGCACUUCAGGGGACUCCCUCACCUAUCACCAGGGCCGCCCCUUCUCCACCAAGGACAGGGACAAUGACGUGGCCGUGACCAACUGUGCCAUGUCCUACAAAGGGGCCUGGUGGUACAAGAACUGCCACCGCACCAACCUCAACGGCAAGUACGGAGAGUCCCGGCACAGCCAGGGGAUUAACUGGUACCACUGGAAAGGCCAUGAGUUCUCCAUCCCCUUUGUGGAAAUGAAGAUGCGACCUUACAACCACCGGAACGUCUCUGGGAGGAAGCGACGGUCCCUACAGCUCUGAGCCAGCUGAACCCCCUCCUGCCUCCCACCACCUGACCUUUUCUGUCAUUUGUUUGUAUUUUAUAAUAUGAAAAGGGAAAAAAAAAAAUUACUACUCGUCUGAGAUAGCAACCUGCCCCUCACAAAUGCUGGAGGGAACCACGGCACGAGGAGAGGCCGUGGGAAAAGGAAGACCUCAUUGCUUUGCAUCUGUCCCAGAGAAAUACCAAAUUUCCAGUCUCCCUAACCCAAUACUCUGACCCUUAACAUGAGAAGAAAGAGAAAGGAACAGACUUUUUGAUAUUUUUUUAAAAGACGUAGAAAUCCCCAGCAAACCCUGUUAGAAUGUUUGUCAUAGGGCUUGUGGCAGGAACCUUCCCCACAGGGACCUCGGUGCAGCCAUUUCCACCCCAGUCACGGCCAGGGGUGCCCAUCCUCUCCCUGCCUUGUGUCCCCUCCUGGCAGGGAGGUCCCAGGCUUCAUGCCAUCCUGUAGACACAACCCUUCCAGCAGGCAGAGGCCUAUCUCUCCCCUGGGGGCAGUCUCUGAACACAUGGAGACCAAGCGAGGAUGAGCAAACACAAGGCUCACCCCAUCCCCAGUUUUCACAGAUCCCACCCAGAGGGGCUUGGCAAAUACCUGCAUAUGUAGGCAAACUCCAGAGAGUCCCCAGCUCAUGUGUUGGUCCCACCACAGCCAAAGUCAUCCUUGUGGACACGGGGUGUAGGGGAACAAGAGCUGCUCCACCAGCCCCAACAUGCAUUAUCCACUCCUCUGAGCUGAAUUCAUCCCGUUCCAGGUGCACAUCAGCCUGGGUUAUGCUGAGCUUGAGGCAGAAGAAAGGACUUAAAUUAGAAGACUUGGGAGAAAAAUCAUUCCUUGUGGCCCCAAAGCCGAGGGUCCGUUUCCUCUGCUAUUUCUACAUUUCUGCCGUGCUCUCUCUCACCGAGGUCAUUGGUCCCAAACCAAAGGGUCUCAAGGAGCAGCAACCAAAAGAUACCACACAACCCCAGCCCAGGCUGAAGCCAACAGCUGUCACAGCCCAGGUGCUCCUGUUCGUGGACCUCUAUGCACACAGGGAAUGAUGACAACAUAGCCAAGGGAAGAGAAGUGCAAGCUGAGGAAUUCACAUUCCCUUCCUUCUCCUACAGCAUCCCUCUUUCUAUGCCAUCAGAAGAGGGACACAAAUCUCAGUGCCUUGGUAUCACCAUCUCUCUAACAGGGAAUCAACUAUUUCCCCUCCUGGAAGAAAGGCUUAGUCCUUUCAGAUUUUGGAGCACUUCAAGGCCCUUGGAAGAAUUGAUGAGUUCGCUCUUCCCAUCCUUAACUUCUCCUGUAUCAAGGAAGAUGGACCCUUUGGAUAGCUCUGGCUGUGCUCAGUUGUCACUGACACCACCUCCACAGAGCCCAAAUGGCCACCACACUCAAGUCACCCCUCUGCUGAGGGCUCUGAUCAAUGCUGGGCAUUGUCACUGGCCUGGUCUGGGAGAGGGGACGCGUCCCCACGUCCAAGGACAAUGCAGCUGAUCGCUGGGUUGGCAGCCAGGGCAGCAUUACAAAUGCUGAACACUGCGUUUUCUUUUUAUCACACUGAAGCUGCUUUGUCUCAAGAGCAUCUUCCAGAUGGCAACAUAAAGGCAUCUUUGCAGUAGCUUAUAAAUUCAGGCCAGUGUCUCUUUCACGGCCACGCUCCUGGAUGUCCUGACGUUACUCACCACGGCUGCAGAGCUGAAGAGGGGCAUUAAGUGGGGAGUGCAGCCUCCUCGGCCGUGCCACGUCCUGGCACACGGAGUCACAGCUAACCCCAAGGGCAGGAUUAGAUACAGGGCCCAGCCCUUCACAUGGCCAGCUUACAAGCUGCAGCCUGACCUGGAGAGAGGAUGCUGCAGCUCAGCAACAUCUCACAUGUAAACGAGGCAUCUCUUCUUACUUCCCAUCAGCAUCAAAUCGGGCAACAAGUGAAGCAGUUGAUGAACAGGUCAGUCAGAGGCUGCAGGUGAUGGGAUCUCUUGCAGGACAUGUCCAGUGUCACAGAUGGCAGCAUGUCACACAUCCUGAGCACCCAGCCCUAUUUUAAAGUCCCAAGAGCCAACAAAAAGCAGCAGAUGGAACAGAUUAAAAACUAAGAAGCCUCUUAGUAGAUCGGCAGAGCAAUUUUUCCCAACACCAUCAAGAAUUUAUAGGCAAGAAGUGUCCUAAGAAAAGCUGUAUGGUGCAGUGGUUAUAACUAGGAGCAGGGAUUGGCAUUCACCACCUGGUUUGGAUGGUGCUGUUUAUUUACCUACCCAGGUGGAAGGAAAAGACAUGAGUGGAAACAUCUGCAGCUCACCAUUCAUAACCAAGCUGAAGGCAAGAAACCGCUCUUCUCAAAAGUAUGACUCAAACAGAAAAUCAAAGCACGGCAAGCUUUUCCAGGAGGUUCAAAAGGAGAUCCUCAAAAAGGCUGAUUAUUCUCUACACAGGUUUACUGA